CAUCACAAGGCUUCAACAUCAUUUCUUCAAACCUUAUCAUAUGAUGAUCCUAUAUGACUACUCCAUCUCCUUUGCCACCCCAACAUUUUUCUUUCUUUCUCAGAAACCCAAUUUUCCAUUUUCUCAUGAAACAAACAGGCAUAUAUAUUUUGGUGUUGUAGAACCUUGGUUUUGUUUAGGAUUAACAUACAUAUUCUCUCCAAGACCUCCAUAAAGGGAGAGACAAAGUAGGAACUUUCUUUUUCCUUUUUCGUUGCUUACUCUUUAACCCAACUUUGCUUUUUCUGAGCUAUAAAGUCCACAAACAGUUUAAGCCUAACUAUUUGCAACCUUGUAUCUGUUUAGAUCUAGUUUUUCAUAGAAUUCGAUAAGCCAAAACCACAUUCUUGUAGUGUACAAGCUUCCAAGAAAAUCAAACCAAACCGUUUUGUACAUUUAUGAUUUAUUGUUACUAUAUUCACUCUUCGAAAUCAAGCUCAUUUUCUCACAUGGGCUUUCUCUUCUCUCUCACAUUGGUUGUUCUCUCAUUCAUAUGUGUAGCGUUCACAAAAUCUGAAGCUCAGAAGAUCCAAUCAGCCCGUCUUCUCGACCUUCUCAUUCGAGACGUCACCUUCAAGGCGUACGACACACGCAUCAGGACAGGAACACUACACACUGUAAAUUUACCAGCAAACUUCUCAGGCAUCAUAGUUGAUACUGCAAGAUACAGAUGUGGCAGUCUGCGAAGGUACGGCGCGCAGGUAAAAGAAUUUCAUCUAGGCACUGGUGUAUCUGUGCAUCCAUGUGCUGAGAGGGUCAUGAUAGUUAGACAAAAUUUGGGAUAUAAUUGGUCCUCAAUAUAUUAUGCCAACUAUGACCUAUCUGGAUAUCAGCUUGUUUCUCCGAUUUUAGGCCUCUUAGCGUAUAACGCCGGUACGGAUGUGAACUUCAGCAACCCUUUUGAGCUUGGUAUUGAAGCUGGAGAAAAACCCAUCAGCAUUGACUUUAAAAACAUCACAAGGGUGAACAAUGAAUUGGGUACAAGGCCAUUAUGUGCAAGUUUUGAAGGUGAUGGCAAAGUGACAUUGGCAAGGGAAACUAAACCUUACAUUUGUGUUGCAAAAAGGCAUGGACAUUUCGGGUUGGUCAUUGAGAAACCUAUUCCGGUGCAGUUGAGGAAGAGAGUGAGCCAGUGGAAAAUAGCGGUUGGAAGCUCGGUUGGAUCUGCAUUGGGUGCUUUUCUUUUGGGACUGCUUCUAGUGGCAAUGCUUGUGAAGGUGAAGAAGCAGUCGAGGAUGGUGGAGAUGGAGAGAAGGGCUUAUGAAGAGGAAGCUUUACAGGUAUCAAUGGUUGGACAUGUGAGGGCUCCUACCGCAUCGGGUACUCGAACAACACCAGCAAUUGAGCAUGCGUAUAUACCUCCUCCUCACUGAAUUGGAUUCAGUUUUUCAUACUAAAUUAUUCUUUUUUAACAUUAUUUAGCUGAAAUGGAAAGGUAUUUGUUGUGAGAUAGAAUUGUAGUUAACCAAAUUUUUCAAAGGCUCCGUUGGUUGGGAGAAGGAAAUUCUACUUUCUGAGCUAUACAUGGCCAUUCAUUGUUCUUUU